AUGGUCACAUUAUAUCUAACUUGGCUUUGGUUGCUCAACCUGCUUCUCUUACAAGUUUUUGCAGCGAGGGACUGCUCCAUCGGGGGUGUUCAUUUCUACACUGAGCUGAACUGUAGACCCGCAUCCCAAGCGUCGGCUAUUGGUAUCAGCGGACAAUUCGACCCCGAAUUAAAAAAAUGCAGACUAGGCUCCGAAUUUGGGUACAUUGCGAGCAUAUCUAAAGAUCCUCCCGACAUGUGCGUCGACAUACGAGUGUUCAACAAUGAACACUGCAACGGUACACAAGUUGGUGGCAUGUCGGUAUCUCAAACUGGGUGCGUAACUCAGGAUCUUGGUGUGCAAGAUGGGCACUGGUACCAAAUAUGGGCCGCUCUUUCGCCGCCCUAA